CUUGACAUUGAAUAUUCUUUCUCUGAAGCAGCUAUCAGCCAAUCUUCGAAAGUUGAACAAUUAAAAUAAUUACUUUACCAAUGGAUAAAUCACAAAUCGUACACCUAAGAGAAAAUAAUACUAUACAGGAAUUUAAGAACACCGGUAAAUUCGAGAUCAACGACGAAAUAAAAAAGGUCUAUGAUGAUGAAGGUGUCUUCUGCGUCAGAAAUUUAUUUUCCAAAGAGGAAAUAGACCAUAUUCUUAAAGGAAUAACAGAAACUGACCUAAUUACUAGUCGGGCUUGGGACUUAGCCGAUGGCGAAGGAAGAGCCAGCAGGCUGGUUAUAUGGAGCCAUCCCGGAAAUGAUGUAACCGGAAUGGUAGCAAGGAGUAGAAGACUGGUGGAAUCUUCUGAGAGAUUAUUAGGUGGUGAAGUGUACCACUAUCACUCUAAAUUAAUGAUGAAAGAACCCCAUACGGGAGGUAAACAUCUUUGGCAUCAAGAUUACGGCUAUUGGUAUAAAAAUGGUAUGCUCAGACCAGAUGUUUUGACUGUUUUCAUCGCUCUUGACGUUUGCAAUAAGACUAACGGUGGACUACAAGUAGUACCUGGAACUCACAAAGCCGGUAGAAUUGAGCACGAUCUCCUGCAUGGACAAACUGUCGCUAAUUACGACAGAGUGAAUGCUUUGUGCGAACACUAUGGAGGUGUUGUAUACGCUGAUCUUCAACCUGGAGAUGCUCUUUUUUUUCAUUCUAAUGUUCUACAUACAUCGGAUAAGAAUGAUAGCGAUCUUAGAAGAUGGUGUUUAUUAUUGUCUUACAACAGAGCUGAUAAUGAUCCCAUUUAUAAGCAUCAUCAUCCAAAUUAUACUCAGUUGAAAAUGGUUGAAGAUUCCGAAAUCUUGUCCUGUCAGAAUUUUACAGAUAUGUCGGGAAAAGAGUUUAUGGAUCCUGCUGGAGAUAAAACAGUCAACAUAAGCUUAAAGAAAAGCGGCUUUCAUUAA